AUGGCGUCCGCGGCGCACCACCCCUGCUUCGGCGGCCUCCUCCCGGAGCGGCUCGGCUACGUCCAGUGCAGCUUCUGCGCCACCAUCCUACUGGUGAGCGUCCCGUGCGGCGGCGGCCUGCAGCUGGAGACGGUGGCCGUGCAGUGCGGCAACUGCGCCGGCAUCCUCUCCGUCACGGUGCCACCGUCGCCUCCGGCGUCCAUCGAGCUACUGCUGCAGGUCACCACCGAGCCGGCCCUUGAUCCGCCGCCGAGGGACUCUGACGAGAGCAGUGCAGAGGACAGGGAGGCGGAGGCCGCAGUUGCAGAGAACCAUGCAUUCCCUGCGGUUAACAAACCUCCGGUGAGGAAGCAGCGGACGCCGUCAGCCUACAACUGCUUCAUCAAGGAGGAGAUAAGGAGGAUCAAGGCGAGAGACCCUAACAUAACCCAUAAAGAGGCCUUCAGCGCUGCUUCGAAGAACUGGGCUCACUUACCAAGAAUCCAGCAGAAGGAAAACUGAAAGAUCUGCUCCUGCUGCAAACAAUUUCAAGAUCUGCAAGCUGCAAAACAGGAUUAACUGCGACCUGAAUAAGGCAAUGCUGUAGUCAGGUUCAGAAAAAGCAAACAGGAUCCACGUUGUAGCUUCAGAUGAGUUCCAUGGACUUCCAUUUUGUACAUAAACCUU